UAUUGUUCCCAUUUUACAGAUUAGGAAACUGAUGCUUACUAUGUGCCAGACAGUCUUCUAAGUGCUUUAUGUAAAUUAACUUUUUAAUUAUUACAACAACAAUCUGUGAGUUAGGUACUGAAUUAUCCAUAUUUGCAUAGGGGGAAACUUAGGCGCGUAGCAGUUAUUUAGCUUGCCUGUGUUUGUGCCAAAAAGUAAGUGAUGAAGCCAAGAUUUGAAACUUGGCAUUCUGCUUUUAGAACCUGAAUGCUUAGCUAUCACCCUAUAUAGCCUCUCCCAUCUAGUUUUAUUACCACAUUCCUUGCUUUCUCUGACAUACCCACUCAUCUAUUCAAUCUUCUUUUCAGCCAUGCAGCAUAUAAAUCCAUCUCUGCUUGGGGCCGGUAUCUGUGUGUUACGAUGUGUGUGUGUGUGUAUGUAGUAAUAAUGAUUUACAUAACAUUACAUAUUUUUUCAAAGCGAACCCUAUUGCAUUGCUUCUGCAUGCCAACUUGAGUCAAAUACUGCAUUCCGGAGGCCAGUCUGCUCCCAUUCAUAACCACUGGUUUUAUGUUAGGACCAGUCUGCUCCAUACCUUUUUCCUGCUAGUUCUCCACACCUUCCCCCCAAAUGGAUGCUGGCCCAAGGCUGAGGAUUCUUUUUUCUUUUUUUUUUUUCAAGGCUGAGGAUUCUUGAGAGAAUACUAAUUUGAUUCUUUAGCUCUUUGCCAGGAAUUCUAGCCAACUUUUCUUUUCUGCAGUAGUUUUUGAUUCUUGGUUUUGUUUUAUUGGCACAGGCUAUGGCAGCUAACAGUAAGUGCUAGCUAUAGGUCCUAAGCAAUUAGUACAACCAUUAGCUAAUUUAAACCCCAAAGUAACCUGAUGAGGAAAUUAUUGUGAUUCCCAGCCUAAAUAAGUUAACAUUAAGACUGAGAGUAUUUGAAUAGUAUGCCCAAUAUCACACAGCUAGAAAUUGAAGAGCUGGCAGUAAAUCUUAGAUCUUUCACACUUUUCUUGUGAUGCAGUUUAUAAAUAGAGUGCCUGGCGCACAGAAGUAACUCAUUAUUAUUUUCCUGUAUCUUUCUAAAUGAAUACACUGGCUAAGUGUGCAAGGAGACGAUUUCAACAAAUGUAAUUACCAAUUAAUAGGAGACAUCUUUCUGAAUUUUUUAGGAAAGACGUGUGAGAUGAUCUCAGAGUGUUUUUUAUAAUGAAAGGUGAAUUUUUAGUUAUGUAUACCUUAUGUGGUUUUUUUGGAGAUGGAGUAGGAGAAUACAGGGGAUUUUUCUUAAAAAGAGUUAUUUUGUAUUUUUUAUCAUAAUUUCUAAGUAACUUAGAAUAUUGAAGUUUAUGAAGAAAAAGGCCUUAUUGAAGUCUUGGGCAAAUACUGCUGUAAGUGGGAGAGGUCUUUAAAGGAAUUUAAGGAAUGGUGUUGGAAAUAUCUCUAGUAUGCCAAAUAUAAACUCUUCAGGGAAGCUGAGAUUUAAGUAGUUUUCCUACUUUACAGUAUUACCAGUUUUCUGAGUCAGGGAGGGAAGAAGGAAGGUUUCAUUUUAAGUUGAAGUGAAUGUUAUUUCCUUUGGGUUAGAUUGGAAGAAUUUUUCCUUUAGGUAUCAGCGUGGCCCAAAUCACCUAAUGCUGCCUUUGGCUGAUACAGCAUUACUGUCUGGUUUCUGGCCACUUGACCUUCCUUCUGUGACUAUGAUUCCCCAGUGGUUUAGAAUUCUCUCAUGGGAAUGAGGAGUCCGUGGACAGCACAAUGUUUGCUUUUCAUAUGACCACGAUUACCCUAUUUAAAUUCCACAUCUCAGUGUCUCUGUUGCCUCACCUAAUAUUUCACAGUGCCUAACAGAAAUUAUAUGUAUACUAACAAUAAGACUUUGCAGGCUUAUUUAUAUCAUUUUGGGCUACUGACUGAAGAUAUUAUUUAUUAUAACAAAAUGGUGAUAGAGUCUUUUAUGGGUUCUAUGGGGGGAACAGUCAGGAAGAAAGCUACUUGGGGGAUUGCUGUCUACAGCAGUAAGUAUAAAGGUCCUAAAGUAUUCUGUCUAAAGUAGCCAGUCUACAAUACUUGAGACACCAAGCAUUAAUCACAGUGGUGUUAUGAUCUAAGAUCAGUGACAGAUUUCCUCCUGCCAUUUGCUGCUGUGUCCACUCUGGCUACAGAGAGCACUUCUGUAGUAAUCAAAACAGAAGGUUUUGUUAUUGUAUUAAGUGGCCUGUUCAUAAAAUACUUAUUUUUGUCCAAUGCCUGAUAUGGGCAGCAGAUCAUUCAAGUUUCUUUUAGUGACUUAGUGUGGAUUGGUUAUGGAAUUAGCCUAAGCUUUACAUCAUAGCUUACAUCGUGAAAGUAAAAACUUACAUGAAUAUUUUCUGUAUUGCUUUAUUAAGUGUUUUGCAAAGUUACUUUCCAGCUUGAAUGAUUAUGAAAACAGUCACUCAAAAUUAAAGUAUUGCCUUUUGUACUUUUUUUCUGUAAACUGAUUUUAAAGUGUCCUAAACUUUAUUGGAGAUACUUACAUGUGUACUUACAUUUAUGUAAUGUGACACAGUCAGCAUUGAUGAUCUAUACUAUAGAUUGUGAAAAUGUAGUGAUUUUCUUUUAUCAAAGUUUGUAUUACAUCUAUUGAAUUUUUAUUAUGUGGUAUUCAUCACUCCUGCCUUAACCAUUGUUAUGUAACUAAAUAAAUACACUCAAAAUCUGGGGAGAAACUGCUUAGCUUAUUUCCUAUUCAGUGGUAGAAUCCUGUUAGAAUCUCAGAUUCCAAAUGGAGCUUCUCUUGGUUCUAUCUCUUUCCCUGCAUUUCUGCAAGAACUCCUGCAUAUUUCAGGCAGACUGCCAGCUGCGUGUCUUCAGAUCACUUCCAAAUCACUUAGCUCUGUACACUUCUUAGAAGGCUAAGUCUUUUCAUAGGUUCUGUACUUAAGACAGUUCCUCCUUCCAUAGUCAUGUGUUUAAAGUCGCCAGAUGUCGUGUGGCCCAGAUAGGAGGGUAGGGAUGCAUCCCUAGGAAACAGAAGCUACUUUAAAUUUUCAAUGACAGCAAGUGUAGUGAGUUGUGCAAGGAAGAACCAGUUGUAGCUGUUGCCAUACUUUUCAAAGACAUAGCUGUAAGUCUUUCCUCAUCUGUAUCCACGUCAUUGUUAAAAUGUUAAACAAACUAAUCGCUUUUAGGACUGUUGGGCUCUGCUUUGUUCCAGUGUGGACCUAAGUAUCUUUCAGUACAGCCCAAUCGUGGUCAUUUUUGGAUUCUCCAAGAAAGAGAGAGGAAAUACAGCUUGUGAGAAUACACCACUUUCUGAUAUCAGUGUGACUUUCUGAUCAACACAUCAAGACUGACAUUUGAGAUGCAACAGCUUGAGAGACAAGUUAUUGAUGCUGAACGUCAAGCAGAAAAAGCUUUCCAACAGGUACAAGUUAUGGAAGAGAAAUUAAAAGCAGCUAAUAUUCAAACCAGUGAAUCGGAGACAAGGUUAUAUAAAAAGUGUCAAGAUCUGGAGACCCUGAUACAGGAAAAAGAUGAUAUCAUACAAAACUUGGAACUGCAACUUGAAGAGCAGAAACAAAUAAGGAUACAAGAAGCUAAAAUUAUAGAAGAGAAAGCAGCUAAGAUCAAAGAAUGGGUAACACUUAAGUUAAAUGAGCUGGAAUUGGAGAAUCAGAAUCUUCGUUUGAUCAACCAAAACCAAACCGAAGAGAUAAGAACAAUACAGGCAAAACUACAAGAAGCGCAAGGGAAGAAGUCAUCCAGUGUUUCCAUGCCAAAGCUUUCGGAAGGCCAGCGCCUAAGCAGUUUGACCUUCGGGUGCUUUUCAUCCCGAGCGAGGAGUCCUCCUCAAGUAGUAAAAUCUGAGGAAAUGAGCAAGAUACCAUCUAAAGAACCUGAGUUCACUGAAGGAAAACACAUAGAAGAAAUGGAAAUUCCAGAAAAGUCUGUCGAUAACCACAUUCAAGAAAACAGCCGAGGUCAGAGAACUUUGCGUCAAACCCCUUGUGGCUCAGAGCAGAACCGGAAAUCAAGAACAAGUCUCGCUACAGAGGGCGGCAUCUCCCAGAAUUCUGGGGCUCCCGGGAGUGACUGGAGUUCUGAUGAGGAAGACGGGAGCAAAGGAAGAUCCAAGUCCAGGUACACGUCCACCCUGUCCAGCCACACGUCAGAGGAAGGGGUCCGGUGCAGCAGGAUGGGCAGUGAACCCUAUCUGACAGCGUCCGAUGACAGCAGUUCUAUAUUUGAAGAAGAGACUUUCGGCAUAAAGAGACCAGAGCACAAGAAGCUGUAUUCUUGGCAGCAGGAAGCACAGUGGAAAGCUCAGAAUAGUCUUCUUGGAAAGGGAAAUCCCGAGUCGAGUAAAAAGGAGCACGAUAGUUCCUCAGAUGAACUGAAUAAAAAAUUUCAGUCUCAGAGGCUGGAUUAUUCAUCGUCAUCGAGUGAGGCCAACACCCCAAGCCCGAUUUUGACCCCAGCUUUGACUCCAAAGCAUCCUAACCUACUGCCUGGAAAAGGAACCCAAUUAGUGCCUUCAUCCAACCUGCCACCCCCCAAGUUAAGGAUUCCUAAUGUUUUCAGUAUAAGUGUAGCACUGGCCAAAAGGCACCUAAGCCAGCCGCAGUUAAGUUCCGAUAGGAUGUUUGGUACAAACAGAAAUGCCAUAAGCAUGAUCCGGCCACUGAGACCCCAGGAAACAGACCUGGAUCUGGUGGAUGGCGACAGUACGGAAGUUUUGGAGAAUAUGGACACCAGUUGUGACGACGGGUUGUUCUCCUAUGACUCCCUGGAAUCCCCGUGUUCAGAUGACCAGGAAAGCUGUGACUCAGCCAAGAAGGCGGCGUGCAGCAAACCUCCGACUCCUCCCCUGCACCGUUUUCCCUCCUGGGAAAGCAGAAUUUAUGCUGUGGCCAAAUCAGGCAUUCGGAUGUCUGAGGCCUUCAAUAUGGAGAAUGUUAAUAAAAAUUCUGUUGCAAUGCUUUCCUAUACCACAUCAGGACUUUAUACAUCUCUGAUAUACAAGAAUAUGACAACUCCAGUGUAUACAACAUUGAAGGGGAAGGCGACCCAGAUAAGCAGCAGCCCGUUCCUGGAUGAGUCCUCUGGAUCAGAGGAAGAAGAGAGUUCCAGAUGCAGCUCCCGGACGUCAGAGUCUGACUCGCGCAGCCGGAGUGGGCCAGGCAGCCCCAGAGCCAUGAAGCGAGGUGUGUCUCUGUCUUCCGUGGCUUCUGAAAGUGACUAUGCUAUCCCCCCAGAUGCCUACUCCACAGACACCGAGUGCUCGCAGCCGGAGCAGAAGCUCCCUAAAACGUGCUCGUCUUCCAGUGAUAACGGGAAAAACGAGCCACUGGAAAAAUCUGGCUAUUUAUUAAAAAUGAGCGGUAAAGUCAAGACUUGGAAGCGGAGAUGGUUUGUUCUGAAAGGUGGUGAAUUACUUUACUACAAAUCUCCGAGUGAUGUAAUUAGAAAACCCCACGGCCAUAUUGAACUUAGUGCAUCCUGCAGUAUUUUAAGAGGAGACAACAAACAAACAGUCCAGUUGACCACUGAAAAGCACACAUACUAUCUGACUGCAGAUUCUCCCAAUAUAUUGGAGGAAUGGAUUAAGGUAUUACAGAAUGUUCUUCGAGUACAAGCUGCCAACCCGCUUUCACUGCAGACUGAGGGCAAACCAACGGUGAAGGGCCUGCUCACGAAGGUGAAGCAUGGCUACUCCAAGAGAGUCUGGUGUACACUAGUAGGAAAAACGUUAUAUUAUUUUCGAAGUCAAGAAGAUAAGUUGCCUUUAGGUCAGAUCAAACUCUGGGAGGCUAAAGUUGAAGAGGUUGACAGAUCCUGUGAUUCAGAUGAAGAUUAUGAAGCCAGUGGGCGAAGUCUGUUAUCCACACAUUACACCAUCGUGAUCCACCCCAAAGACCAAGGUCCCACUUACCUCCUGAUUGGGUCCAAGCAUGAAAAGGACACUUGGCUUUAUCACCUGACCGUUGCAGCUGGAAGUAACACUGUAAAUGUUGGAUCUGAAUUUGAACAACUCGUUUGUAAAUUGCUAAAUAUUGAAGGGGAACCUUCCUCUCAGAUAUGGAGACAUCCUACUUUGUGUCACAGCAAGGAAGGAAUUGUUUCCCCUCUGACAACACUGCCUUCUGAAGCUCUACAGACAGAAGCUAUUAAAUUAUUUAAGACCUGCCAGCUUUUUAUCAAUGCUGCAGUUGACUCCCCUGCAAUUGAUUACCACGUAUCGCUAGCCCAGAGUGCUUUGCAGGUCUGCCUGACACAUCCUGAGCUACAGAAUGAAAUUUGCUGUCAGCUCAUUAAACAGACAAGACGGAGACAGCCACAGAGCCAACCAGGACCAUUGCAGGCCUGGCAGCUCUUGGCGCUCUGUGUGGGGCUCUUCCUUCCCCAUCAUCCUUUCCUGUGGCUUCUCAGGCUCCACCUUAAGAGGAAUGCAGAUCCCAGGACAGAAUUUGGAAAAUAUGCCAUUUAUUGCCAGCGAUGUGUAGAAAGAACACAACAAAAUGGAGAUCGGGAAGCCAGACCCUCAAGAAUGGAAAUCCUUUCGACCCUUCUUCGAAAUCCUUAUCAUCACUCUUUGCCCUUCAGCAUCCCUGUGCACUUCAUGAAUGGCAUCUAUCAGGUCGUUGGAUUUGAUGCAUCCACCACAGUGGAAGAAUUUCUGAACACUUUGAACCAGGAUACGGGAAUGAGGAAGCCAGCCCAGUCUGGAUUUGCCUUGUUCACCGAUGAUCCUUCUGGCAGGGAUUUAGAGCAUUGUCUUCAAGGAAACAUCAAGAUUUGUGACAUUAUUUCUAAGUGGGAACAGGCUUCCAAAGAACAGCAGCCUGGGAAAUGGGAAGGUACGAGAACUGUUCGUCUAACUUAUAAAAACAGACUGUAUUUCUCCAUGCAAGCUCGUGGGGAGACUGAUAGAGAGAAGUUGCUGUUAAUGUAUCAGACAAACGACCAAAUAAUAAACGGACUUUUCCCUCUGAACAAGGACCUGGCAUUGGAAAUGGCGGCUCUGUUAGCUCAGGUGGAGAUUGGAGAUUUUGAAAGACCUUUUUCAACCCCAGCAGGCCAUGUUACUAAUCAGUGCAAAGCAAACCAAACUCUAAAACAAGUCAUAGAGAAAUUUUACCCUAAAAGGUAUAGAGAUGACUCCUCUGAAGAGCAGGUAAGGCAGCUUUGCCAGCGACUAUCAACCAGAUGGAUGGCCCUCCGGGGACACAGUGCUGCUGAUUGUGUGCGAAUUUAUUUGACAGUAGCCAGGAAGUGGCCAUUCUUUGGUGCCAAGUUGUUCCUUGCAAAACCCAUAACUCCAUCAUCGCUUGGAAAUACUUUCCUGUGGCUGGCUAUACAUGAGGAUGGUUUAAGCAUCUUAGAAUACAGCUCCAUGAGGUUAAUAGUCAGCUAUGUGUACAAGAGUCUAAUGACAUUUGGAGGAUAUCAAGAUGACUUUAUGAUGGUCAUUAGCAAUACGCAUUCAAAGGACAAACCAACAGAGAAAUUACUUUUUGCCAUGGCAAAACCCAAGAUUCUUGAAAUCACGCUUUUGAUCGCCAGUUACAUAAACAACUUCCAUCAGCAAAAGGCUGCGUUUCACCACCUCUCUGCUCCAGCAUUGCUCUCAGCCCGGAACCAGGGUCCCCACGCCAGGACGAUGGGAAGCCAGCCUCUGCUCUCAAGCAGCAGACCAACCAAAGGCCCCACUUUACUCUGAAAGUGUGGGGGGCCUGAACAUCACUCCCUGUCCUCUAAGCAGUGGCUGCAUCUGCUCCAAAUAAGUUUAUUUACAUCCUGGCAACAUGGCACCCACAUACUCGUAUUCCAGAUUUUAAAAAUAAUGAAGGUUAUUUGUUUUAUUUAUAAAUAUUCAAAUGAAUACUAAUAACACAUAACACACAAAAUUUGCACACAUACUGAUGUUCUCCUGGAUUAAAUGGGUUAGAAUUUGUAAUUUUUUUCUGUCUCCCUUCUCCCUUGCUAUCCGACACAUCAUGUAAUAUGGUUUUUUUUAUUUUUUCUUCUUCUUCUUUUAAAAAACAUUCUGGCAAUCUUUAGAAAGGGAGAUUCCAAACUCUCAUUUGGCAAACAAGUUGAAUAUUUGGAAAUAAUGCCAAAAAGCUAAGUACUGUAAUUAAAUGUAUUUUAAUUAAUGUGUUUGGAAAGAAGUGGUGUGCACAGUGUAAGAAACAGCUGCAGGAUGGUGUUUAUGUAUAAAUUUUUAGAGCCAGUUCAGUAAAUCUUCUGGCCUGAUGAAUCAUUGUGUGAGAAAACAGGAGUUAGGUAACCAGAACUUCCUAUGUAAUAUUAGGAAGCAUACACCAUCAGCUUUCAGAUCACUAGAGUGUAAAAUUUAAAACGAGACAGUGAUUCCUGACAUUCCUUGGUUGUCAACAGAGCCUGCGUUUACUGGAAUAUUGCCCACAUUUCAUUGCAUUUGAUGCUGGGCCAUCUUGACCUUGGUUUGUUAAAUAAUAAUAUCGUUGAAAACAAAGACAGUUCUUAAAUUUUUGCCUCAUAUAGUCCUUUUUCAUGGUAGUUUGAAAAUAAAUUCCAAAAAAAUCCUAUAUAAUAAAAGUCUAAUAUGCAAAUCAAACAGUGGAACAACCGGUGGAAUGACCGGUCUCUAUUAUGUGCACUGAC